CCCCAUGCUCUCAGCCAAUAGCAGGCGAGUGUGGGCGUGGCCUGCCGCUGAGUGUGUUCCGUGUGGAAAGUUCGCCGGUCCGGGUGCAAAGUUUCAGCCGUCUGCAGACGAGCAACAGAAGACGGGCAGUAUAACCGGACCGAACCCCGAUCCCCAGCGUUCAUUACACCCGGAACAACGCAUCGCUUACAGUCUGUCGGUCGGAACGAGUUCAGUUAUGGGAUAUUAAACCAAAAGAGGACCGUGUUCGUUUAAAGCUUUGUUUUGUGCUCUGCUCUCGGUGGAAUCAUGGCCUGCGCGCCGAACCGGCUCCGCCUGCUGUGCAUGCUGUCGCUCACCUUCGGCUUCUUCAUCGUGGAGGUGGUGGUGAGCCGGAUCACGUCCUCUCUAGCGAUGCUGUCGGACUCCUUCCACAUGCUGUCGGACGUGAUCGCGCUGGUCGUGGCGCUGGUAGCGGUGCGCUUCGCUGAGCAGACCCAGUCCACCAACAAGAACACGUUCGGCUGGAUCCGGGCCGAGGUGAUGGGCGCGCUGGUCAACGCCGUGUUCCUCACCGCGCUGUGCUUCACCAUCAUCCUGGAGGCCAUCGAGCGCUUCACGGAGCCCCAUGAGAUCGAUAGACCCGAUGUGGUGAUCGGGGUGGGGGCUGCGGGGCUGCUGGUCAACCUGCUCGGGCUCUGUCUCUUUCACGGCCACGCCGGAGGCGGCGGACACGGACACAGCCACGGGGGACACAAAAAACACAAGAACGGGAAGGUCCGUCGAUGCGAGACGCUGGAGGACAGUCGGUCCACGGGGGAGGAGACCAAUAAUCUGGUCGGGAAUCACAACAACAGCCCGAAUGGCGUUAAUCCUGAGCGGAGGAAAUCGGAGAUGUGUCAUAGCGACAACGUGGAUUUGCAGAUUAACGGCAGCGCUCCGUACGAAGAGCUCGAGAACGGACACGACUCUGCAUCCCAGCUCAACAUGCGGGGUGUUUUCCUGCACGUCCUGGGAGACGCUCUUGGCUCGGUCAUCGUGGUGAUCAAUGCCAUCAUCUUCAUAUUUGUAUGGACGCCAUGCAAGGAGGGCACUGUCUGCGAGAACCCUUGUGUGGGCCAUUAUUGUGCAGACCAGUCGCACAACAUCAGCAGUGCUGGAACCAACGAAACGGUGUUCAGCGCGGGACCCUGCUGGGUGCUCUACCUCGACCCCACGCUCUGCAUCAUUAUGGUCUGUAUCCUCCUCUACACCACGUACCCAUUGCUGAAGGAGUCUGCGCUCAUCCUGCUUCAGACCGUCCCCAAGCAAAUCGACAUGCAUCAGCUCAACUCUCGCCUGCGGGACCUGGACGGCGUGUUGGCGGUGCACGAGCUGCACAUCUGGCAGCUGGCGGGCAGUCGCAUCAUCGCCACGGCGCACAUCAAAUGCCAGGACCCCACGUCCUACAUGGACGUGGCCAAGCGGAUCAAGGACUUCUUCCAUAACGAGGGCAUCCACGCCACGACCAUUCAACCGGAAUUCGUAACGAUGAACUCCGAGUCUCGCGCUUCGCUCUGCGAGCUCUCCUGCAGAACACAGUGCGCCCCGAAGCUCUGCUGUGGCGCCAUUGACCCCGCGAAACCUCCCGACGGAGUCUUAGAGUCGAAGAAACUGUGCGAAUCCAAGACCCCAACGAUACCUAGUGCUUCUGCCACAUCUCUGGAGAUCAUCAGCGAGUCCGUGGAGGACACCAGCGGAGCGGAAUCCGUCGUGAUCAUCCCUAGGGAGGUGGAGUCAUCGUUGUGAGCAAGCAGCAGGUUAGACGGAGAACAUUCGGUUCUGUUAAGGGUACCAACCAAUGUGUUUUGGAUCAGCUGACUGAUAUAUAUACCAUGCUGUGAGAAGUACUGAACCCAAUGCACUCAUUCACGACAACACGCACACCACACAGCCCUAUAUCUCUGAUACGCCACACCAACAUACUGACUAUUUAAAUAGGCUGGAGAGCAAGGCUGGCCUCCUCUGCAUGUGUGUUUACCGCAUCGUCUGAUUGGUGUGUCCGUGCCAAAGCUUGUCUUCGUACAGGGCGUCAGACACUGGUGUCCUUCCUGUGGAGGUAAUGCAACAACAUGGACUUUUACCGUUCGGCUGCUGGACCAAGUAGAAAUGUCUGGACCAGUAUUUUUUUCUUUCUUACCCAUCUGUUCUCUGUUUUAUAUUUCACACUUUAUAUUGUUUUCUUAGUCAACUUUUCAAUUUUGUGAGAGAUGUAAUAAUUUAUGUAUUUAAGUUAUUGGUAAUUAAGUUUUUUUUUUUUUUUUUUUAGAGCUUUUUGUAAGAUUUAGAUUUGGUGAUAUUAGAGGUAAACAAAACAAAAAAGAAGAAAAGUUUUGCCUCUUUCAAACAAAUGAUCUAUGCUUUAACCGAGAGUAUUUUUAGAUGUGAUGUUUUUUAAAGAUUGCUGUUGACUCAUUCACUCUAUUUAGAUGAUCUGAAGAUGUUUCCACUGUACUUCACCAUGCCUAUAUUUCAAACUGCUGUGUAAUAGCACUGAAACUAGUCAGUGUAGGAACUAGACAACCUUCUCUUAUCUUUUUAUUUUUUUAUAUAUAUAUACACAAGCUGAUGCCUUGUUUGUUGUGUUCUGUCAAUCUAAACACGAGGUGGAAAUGCUGUAAAAAAAAUGUAUUUGUUGUGGAACUGCUAGAGGAGGACUGAUAUUUUGUCCAUGCUGUCGUAAAACUGAAGGGAAGUCCUCCGAUUUGUGGAAAGCACUCAUUUGGCGAAUGUGCAUGACCAAAUAAAAUUGUGGUUAUAGAAACCUUAGAGAAACCAAGCAACAUUGUAAACCAAAAGACAAGGGGGUUGCUGUCUGAAAUACAGAGGGAAUAGGCACGUAGGUUUGGGUUGAACAUAUCAUUUGGGACGCCGCACAAUCUACUCAGUGGCCUUCAUUGGGAGGGAAAAACAGAAUAUCAACACUUCACAGCACUAUUUAAAUUUGCAAUUUUUAGCAUUUGGUAAAAUAUGCAAUUUGUGAAAAGAGAAAUGUACUAUGUCUUUAUUAUUAGUUUAGUGACUUUCUAUGAAGUCUGUAGAGGAAAGAUGAGCUCAGUAUAAAAGUGCAGAUGAAGUGUUUGUAUCACUGAGGAUUUUAAAAGUACCAUGCCAGCUGAAAUGUUUUUUUGAUAUAUUACUGUCAAAUGUGUCAUUGUGAAUUAAACAUGGUUGUUUGGUACGGUUCA